AAAAUUCUGUCGCUUAGCCUUCCGCACAACUCAACCUUUUUUUAUAAACCCCGCCCUCCUCUCGCAACUCUCCCUCUUCCUUCUUCGUCGCACAUACCUGGAUUCAAGUAAUCAUAUCUGUGCAGUAAGUUCUGGUCUCUUCCAUCGAUAACUUCUUCACUCCUACAUCAACCUAUUGAAGAUCGAUCAACUAAUAUCUUCCUCCCUCAAUAGAUUCAAUUUAAGAAGAAACAACUUCCACAAAUAACCAAACACAACCUUCAAAAUGGGGUAAGUUAUGAAUCCAUCAGAGAUUUCCCUCAUGACUUUGGUCUAUCAUUCUUCGAUUCAUAUCUUGAUGAACUCGUUACUGAUUUGUUUCUUGCAGAAAGGAAAAGAUUCAUAUCAACGUCGUUGUCAUCGGGCACGUCGACUCCGGAAAGUCCACCACUACCGGUAAGCAACCCCGCCCGCAGAUCUGCAAAUAUGAUCUUUGAACCUUUUCACGAACAACAACUUACAAUAUAUACAGGUCACUUGAUCUACAAGUGCGGAGGAAUUGACAAGCGUACCAUCGAGAAGUUCGAGAAGGUGAAGAUUUCCCUCUUAUUCGACACAUUUUUCUUUCGGCACAUUCUUUGUCCAUGUGCAAGACUGUUCAUUGCCCAGGAUUGCGCUGUACCCCUCGGUGGGGUUAAGAUUUUUCUUGCCCCACAAGCAGAAUUUUUUUGCGACCGGGCAUUUAUUUUGUCCAGCAAUAAACUUUUGUGCGAGAUGCAUCGUACUGCUCAUCAAAUUAAUUUCUCAUUACCUAACCCGCUGCGAUUAAUACAAAAUAUCUUUUGCAAUAGUCACUGACAAUCGUUACAGGAAGCCGCCGAACUCGGUAAGGGUUCUUUCAAGUACGCAUGGGUUUUGGACAAGCUCAAGGCUGAGCGUGAACGUGGUAUCACCAUCGACAUUGCUCUCUGGAAGUUCGAGACACCAAGAUACUAUGUCACCGUCAUUGGUAAGCUACCCUCACAUUGACAUCCCCCUCUUGCAAUCUUCUAACAUUCUGUCCAGAUGCCCCCGGUCAUCGUGAUUUCAUCAAGAACAUGAUCACUGGUACUUCCCAGGCUGAUUGUGCCGUUCUCAUCAUUGCCGCCGGUACUGGUGAGUUCGAGGCUGGUAUCUCCAAGGAUGGCCAAACUCGUGAGCACGCUCUUCUCGCCUACACCCUUGGUGUUAAGCAACUCAUCGUUGCCAUCAACAAGAUGGACACCACCAAGUGGUCCGAGGACCGUUACCAAGAAAUUAUCAAGGAAACCUCCAACUUCAUCAAGAAGGUCGGAUACAACCCAAAGACCGUUCCUUUCGUUCCUAUCUCCGGUUUCAACGGUGAUAACAUGAUCGACAACUCUACCAACUGCCCAUGGUACAAGGGUUGGGAGAAGGAGGCCAAGGGAGGAGCCAAGACCACCGGAAAGACUCUUCUCGAGGCUAUUGAUGCCAUCGAGCCACCUUCCCGCCCAACUGACAAGCCCCUCCGUCUUCCCCUCCAAGAUGUUUACAAGAUUGGUGGUAUUGGCACGGUGCCAGUCGGUCGUGUCGAGACCGGUAUCAUCAAGGCCGGUAUGGUCGUCACCUUCGCCCCAGCUGGUGUCACCACUGAAGUCAAGUCCGUCGAGAUGCACCACGAACAACUCGUUGAGGGUGUUCCAGGUGACAACGUCGGGUUCAACGUCAAGAACGUUUCCGUCAAGGAAAUCCGUCGUGGUAACGUUGCUGGUGACUCCAAGCAAGACCCACCUAAGGGUGCUGAGUCUUUCAACGCUCAAGUCAUUGUCCUUAACCACCCUGGUCAAGUCGGUGCUGGUUACGCUCCAGUUUUGGAUUGCCACACUGCUCACAUUGCUUGCAAGUUCGCUGAGCUCCUCCAAAAGAUUGAUCGUCGUACUGGUAAAUCCAUUGAAGACUCUCCAAAAUUCAUCAAGUCUGGUGAUGCUGCCAUCGUCAAGAUGGUUCCAUCCAAGCCUAUGUGUGUUGAGGCCUUCACUGAGUACCCACCUCUCGGACGUUUCGCCGUCCGUGAUAUGAGACAAACAGUAGCUGUUGGAGUCAUAAGUAAAUUUUUCCCCUUUCCUUGCGUAUUGACGUUAUGCUAACUGAUUUCCAGAAUCCGUCGAGAAGCAGGAUAAGGCCGGUAAAGUCACCAAGGCCGCUGUCAAGGCUGGUGCCAAGAAAUAAAUGCAAUAAUGGAAUGAAACAAAAAUUUAAACCUUUCACCAUGCUUGCUUUGUUUCGGGUUCAUGAUGAUUUAUGGCUAGUGAUGCAAAGCACCAUUUCCUUUUACCUCUUCGGGUUACGAUAAGAUGACUGGGUCUGGGUUUGCGCAAUGGUUUAGCUCUUUCCGUUCUGGUAUCAUACAUAGAACAUAGUCGUCUAGAAUGCACUUCAAAAGUAUCUAUAUCUGCGCCCUAAUUGUGACUUUGUGAAU